UCCUCCUCAUUUCUCUCCAUCUGUCGUGAUUAGGGUGGGUGGAUUGGUAGGUGCAUUUUUUUUGUGUUGAUUCUUUAUUUUGCUCAAUUCCUUUUCCUUUUCCGUAUUUCCGCUUCCACCUCUUUGGCUCUGUCCUGCAUUGAUCCGGUGUGGAUUCAGGUCAAACCAUGGCAACUGGGCAACUCUUCUCAAAAGAUAGUCAAGCACUGUUCUACAACUACAAGCAACUGCCCAUUCAGCGUAUGCUUGAUUUUGAUUUCCUCUGUGGGAGAGAGACACCUUCUGUUGCUGGAAUUAUUAACCCUGGUUCUGAAGGAUUCCAGAAACUAUUUUUCGGCCAGGAGGAAAUUGCCAUUCCUGUGCACUCAGCCAUUGAAGCUGCUUGCAAUGCACAUCCUACAGCAGAUGUUUUUAUCAACUUUGCAUCGUUUAGAAGUGCUGCUGCUUCGUCUAUGGCUGCUCUCAAGCAGCCAACAAUUAGAGUUGUGGCCAUUAUAGCUGAAGGAGUCCCUGAGUUAGAUACCAAGCAGUUGAUUGCUUAUGCAAGGGCAAACAAUAAGGUUAUAAUUGGCCCUGCUACUGUUGGAGGUAUUCAAGCUGGAGCCUUUAAGAUUGGGGACACGGCAGGAACACUUGACAACAUAAUUCAAUGCAAGUUGUACAGGCCCGGAUCUGUAGGCUUUGUAUCCAAAUCUGGUGGUAUGUCUAAUGAGCUGUACAACACAAUUGCUCGGGUCACAGAUGGAAUCUAUGAAGGCAUUGCCAUUGGAGGGGAUGUUUUCCCUGGGUCGACACUUUCUGAUCAUGUCCUGCGGUUUAACAAUAUACCUCAGGUUAAAAUGGUGGUUGUUCUUGGAGAACUUGGCGGGCGUGAUGAGUAUUCCCUUGUCGAGGCUCUUAAACAGGGUAAAAUUAACAAGCCUGUGGUUGCAUGGGUCAGUGGAACUUGUGCAAGGCUUUUCAAAUCAGAAGUCCAAUUCGGUCAUGCGGGAGCUAAGAGUGGUGGUGAGAUGGAGUCUGCACAGGCUAAGAAUCAAGCGCUCAAAGAAGCUGGUGCAGUUGUUCCCACUUCUUAUGAAGCAUUUGAAGGUGCAAUCAAGGAAACAUUUGAAAAGUUGGCCGAGGCAGGGAAAAUUGCACCAGUGAAGGAGGUGACACCCCCUCAGAUACCCGAAGAUCUUAACAUAGCAAUCAAGAGUGGAAAAGUUCGGGCUCCAACACAUAUUAUUUCCACAAUCUCUGAUGAUAGGGGUGAAGAGCCAACCUAUGCUGGCGUCCCGAUGUCCUCCAUUGUCGAAAAGGGAUUAGGUGUGGGUGAUGUUAUCUCUUUAUUGUGGUUCAAACGAAGCCUCCCUCAAUACUGCACACGAUUUAUUGAGAUUUGUGUCAUGUUGUGUGCCGACCACGGCCCAUGUGUCUCUGGUGCUCACAACACCAUUGUCACAGCUAGGGCUGGAAAAGAUUUGGUGUCCAGUCUUGUGUCAGGUUUAUUGACAAUUGGCCCCCGGUUUGGUGGAGCUAUUGAUGACGCUGCACGGUACUUCAAGGAUGCUUAUGACAAAGGUCUCACCCCUUAUGAGUUUGUAGAAAGCAUGAAGAAGAAAGGGAUUCGUGUUCCCGGGAUCGGUCACAGAAUCAAGAGAGGCGAUAACAGAGACCAGAGAGUGUUACUACUGCAGCGUUUUGCGCGUUCCAAUUUCCCAUCUGUCAAGUACAUGGAAUAUGCAGUUGAGGUCGAAACCUACACACUUUCAAAGGCAAACAACCUUGUCCUCAAUGUUGAUGGCGCCAUCGGGUCCUUGUUUCUGGAUCUUCUUGCGGGCAGCGGUAUGUUUACCAAGCAAGAAAUCGACGAGAUUGUUGGAAUUGGUUACCUCAACGGUCUCUUUGUCCUGGCUCGCUCCAUUGGUCUUAUCGGGCACACAUUUGACCAGAAGAGACUGAAGCAGCCCCUGUAUCGUCACCCAUGGGAAGACGUCCUCUACACCAAGUGAUUGAUUGCUUCUGCUUAUGCUUCUAUUUUUAUUGUUACGACUAUGUAAUACUAGUGCUGCUUAUUUGUUGUUGGGGGUGCAUGUAUUGUUAUUAGUACGUACUGUUGAAUGGAUGGCUCACUUGUGCCUUUUUGUUGGGUAAGUUAGAGAAUAAUAAACAGACGAAGAUGUAGUUGGAGAAUUGAAUUCAAUUCACUCCUGUUAAUUCCAAACGAGGAAGGAAGGAGUGUUUUCUGCAUAAUGUGUUGUGCUGUGUAGAGACGGUGGGUUGUGACAUUCAGCUCAGCAGCUGCCCUGUUGGUGUGGCUUACAGGGCAUGCUACUAGUGAAUCAUAGUAUUGGAUAAGAAGAUAGGCGUGCUGUUAUGUUAUGUUGUGGAAUCUGUGGGUUGAUGCUUUUUUGUGUCGUCUGGAAUACUGAUUAAUAAUUCAUAUUAUUUGGGUGGUUGUUUGUUUUUGA